AUGCAGUUCACCAUCCUCGCUACUCUCGCUGCUGCCGCUGCAGUCGCGGUCAACGCUGUUCCGACCGCCGAUACGCCUUUGGCUGCUCGUGCCAUCGAAGCUCGCAGCGGAUGUGGCUCUACUGGCCCUCUCGGUGACGGUCACUACAUCUGGUGGAUUACUGUAGGCUGCAACAGUGGAGGGCAAUACAAAUGCCAGGCGAUGGGCGCCGACGGCUGCCUGCCCGGCCAGACCAAGCACAUCGGCUCCAUGGAGGUCGAUGUGAGGACUCUCGUUACUGUCUCGGAUAGUCAAUCUGACGUGCCAUUCCAGGACCCCAACGACACCACCCAGUAUGCUAAGCAGAGCAACACGAACAGUGUCACCUUCACCUGCCCCUCCGGUGGACAGAUCCGCUGCCAGGCCAACUUCAACGACAACAACGAUGGCCCCAACUACAGCCUCCGUGUGAUAGUUCCCGUGCUGUACAGUGGUUGA